AUGAACAAGGUUCUUCGAGAGGGUGGCAUUAACACCGGACCUAUCACUAGGCCGGUACCCCCCCAAUUUGUUGCCCUUCUUCAGCACGAGGAUCUAGAGGUAAUGCCGGGAUACAGCAAAGUCUACUUGCUGAAAACCGACAUCAACCCACGGUCUGAGGCGUACCCAGUAAGCCUCAGACUCAAAAGAGGAGGUAGAGUGACCACCGUGGAGGAGGAAGAGCCCCAGCACCAUAGAAUCGAAGAUGGAACCCUUCGACGAGACCAUGAGGAAAUACCAGUGAAAGCUGAGAUCCCCCGGGCAAUGCCGAUACCCCCCCGACCGAGUGAGACCACAUCUCCAACCGGAGACCAUGACCCAUCCGGUACCCUCCCUCCAGGGCGACUCAUGUUGAACACGUGCUUCCAUCUGGGGAUUGCCCCAGGACAAUUCCAUGCUGUGUUCCCGAUGAUUCUCACCGGAAACGAGGAGGAAUUUUACCUCCACAACAUAGACCGGCGGGAUGACUUCAGGACCCAGUACAUGAAGCUGAAGUCGCAUUUCGAUACUACUGUUAACCACGAGCAUUAUUUCACGGAGUGGACGACGAUUAGUUUCAUGAAAGUCCGAGAGGAGAACCCAGAGAAGAGUCUCCAUGAGGUGCUGCAGAUUCUGCUGGACAAGAUGCGCCGAUGUCAAAGAGCUCUUGGUCCUGAUUACGAAGGAGAGCACCAACUGCACACCUCGGUAAUCAAAGCAUGUCGAGGAGUUUCAGAGCUCGAACACGCGCUCUACAAGCCUGCCAAGACCUGUGAACAGUUGUUUUCCGACCUUCGAUCAUCAAUCGAGACAUCGUUAGUUCGCAAGCAAUCAGCGAAUUACAUGGUCGACGGCAACAGCCAAUUCUACUUAGACCGGAAGUACAAGAAAAAUGGCAACAGCUCACGAGGAGCAUUUCAGGGACAUCGCGGAACCGGCUCGCGUUACAGGGAUGAGCAUCCGGGCCAAAGAAGAGGAUGGAGGAAGAAAUGCUUCGUCUGCCAAAAGGAAGGAUGCAGGUCAACAAGGCAUUCUCCCGAGGAAAGAAGGAAUGCGAAAUCUCAGUUCCUGAUGCAUGCCGAGUUCACCGGAUCAACCGGUGACAGCUUCACGGCAUACCUGACCGAAUUCGAGGGACAUGAGUCUGAUGAUGACCCAGUGUCCGACUAUGAUGACGAAGACAAUGAGAAUCAGGUCCUCGCGUCCGUACACCUGACAAAUCGUGCAUUCAUCCACAGGAUGACCGGGGAGGAUGCAUUCACUGAGACUGCAUCGCAACCAGCAAGCCAGUUUAUGCGGAUCAGGCUCCAACAUAAAAUUGUCAACGGCCCAGAAUCAGUCUGA